ACAAACUAACGAACAAUAACUAUUUUUGUUCUGACUCUUGGUAGUGUACGAGAUGAUAUAUUGAACCUUGAAGGAUUUCGUCUACAUAUUCUAGGUAAAAAUGCCAAGGUUUCUAAGCCUUAAGUCUUAUCUAACGACAAAUCGUUCCAAUAUCAACAAACAAGAUACAACGAAAUUUCGCCGUUCUCGUUUGAGCGAGCGCGAGAUUUUACGAGAGAAUGUAGCAGACAAACUGAAAUGUCCGUUGUGUUUUUGUGUACCGUGUUUUAUUGGGGUUGCUGUUAUGUUGGUGUUUAUUGUUUUGUAUGUUACAGUUCCACAUCAAAGAGGUUUGAACUUUGAGAAGACCGAGUGUACCGUUCAAAAAGUUGACAUAUUAAAGAAAGGAAGUUGCAGCUUAAAGACAGAGCGGUUUUCUCCGUGUUAUCAAAUCAUGGUCAAAUACAACACGACAACCAAAGGGAUAAAGUUGUCUGUUUUAAUGGAAAACGAACAAACACUUUUUCACUGUGCCAAGUGUUCAUAUACUUUUGAAAAAGGAAGUUUAUUUACCAAAACCAAGUGUUCAAGUUCUCGAAGUUGUCUGGAAAAAUAUCACGAGAAAUAUGGAAGAAUAGGUGAAAAAUAUGCAUGUUUUUAUGAUCCAGAAUACACAGAGGACGUGUUUAGAGAAUACAAGAUUUCUCGUUCAGAAGCAAUCUAUCAAACAUUGCUGCCUGCAUUGUUCAUCUUCCUUUUCAUUUUGGCAUUUCUCUUUGUACAGUGGGACGAACGAAAAAGACGAAAACUAAACGAAGAAAUUCAACGACAAAAACCACAUCACAUAACCGGCACUCGCCGUCACAAAACGGAUAUCCCAUCAUGCUCUACGGAUAGCUCUGAGACUCCCUCAUCCACAGGCUCCACAGCAGCGAUGUACAGAGUCCGAAAAAGGAAGAUGCCUUGCACGAAAUCCCACACGUUGUACACGCGGGACAUGGAAGACGUCAUUAUGGAAGAGAAGCCAAUAUCACCUGUGACACACUCGAAUACGACACCUGACUUGUUCAUGCAAGUCAACGUGAACAAACUUAAAACUCAGUGUGCAUGUGACGGUCAUGUAUCGCUAGAGAAUCACUUUGAGUUGAGUCGCGAGAAAGAGAACUUCAGGCCUGUUAUGGCAAGUCAACAUUAUUAUCACAAUCAGCUGCAGAGAUCACGAAGAGCUUUGAGAUACCUGCCUGAAUCGGUGGUAUAAAAUGUGAGCCGUUGAACUUUUCAGGUGCAAACACAUUCUGAUAGCAACUAUGGUUUGUCACCCUAGGUUUUUCACGAAUUGCUGCCGCACUUCUAUGUGUAUAAGAAGCAAAUAAUGAGCAUGAUUUCAAAUCAUUAUUUAAUUAGUAAAGAACCAUACAUUUU